AUGAACCUUAUUGAAUUUAUGAAUGACUAUGUCUACAACAAAUCUUAGCUGGACAUCUCAAUAAUGAAACAGUACAUCAAUUUUCGUAACAUCCAACAAAUUAAUUUAGAGGAAUUCGGUCUUGCUCUUACACAAAUGAUUUCAUUCCUAAGCGAAGAAGGUAAUUCCUUUUUUAUUAGUCUGGUAGGAGACAUUCAAGAUUUAAUACACAUGUCCAUCCACAUGGCUAAACACUCUCCCAAUGUCAUUCUCAUUACUCAAGCACUCAAUACUCUGACUGUUUUAUUAUUCAAUUCCAAUUUAAUUGAUCUAAGUAAGAGACUUGCCAAAUUCAAUCUCAAGCACUACUUGAAUGAACAACCUCAAUUGUUCCUUAUUACACACCUCAACCUAGCCAGAAUUCAUUAUUGCUAAUUCAAUUACAACAAAUGUUUCCGACUUGUCGAACGAGCCUUGAUCAAAUAUGAACCCUAUAUAUUCAAAGAGAUGAAAACCAAUACACCCAAAUUACAGAAGAACCCAUCCGACAUCAUCCUCCUAUUGAAUGGCUACCUUUUCUAUGGAAAAUGCGUUCAGCAACUCUAAAAACAAUAAGAAAUGCUCGACAUUGACUAUGAUAAGUUCUUCCACAAUGGCCAAAAGAUAUGUAGAAAGUACCUCAAUUCAAACCAUUAUUUGGUUUCCUACUUUACUCAAUAGAGAAGUGUUUCCAUCUCCAGAAAGAGCAUCAUGAUCAAACAGAAAGGAAAAUCAAUUAAGGUAGCAGAUGCCAAAAGAAUUAGUGCCUCUUGCAACAUCCUAAUGAGGCAAAUUAAGUUGUAGACUCAAAAUAGCAUCAAAGAGUAAUAAUAGAUCAAAGCUUAAUCAGAAUCAGCCAAAAUAGAUAUGGGUGAAUCUGGCACCAAAAGCUCAGAAAGAAUGAUAAAACAAUUUAGAGUGCAUUCCCCAAGAUAAUAACCAAUUGACAUCUAAAAUAUCAUUCAAACCAAAUUUGAUCACUUUGUCCAAACUUUUAGUAAUAAAAAAACUGAACCCAAAAUAAAUGCUUUGGAGAAAAGGAUUUCUGAACUUUAAAAAGAAAAUCUGAAAAUGCAGUAGCAAAGGUUAGAGAAGGAAUAGGAAAUCAAUGAAUUGAAACAGAAAAUUGAAGAAUUAGGGAAUGAAUCAAACUAAAUUAAAUUAAAAUAUGAAGAACAACAACAACAAAAUGUUAUACAUGAUCGAGUAUCAUUUGGAAAUGUGAUACCUUAACAAUUUGAACAACCUUAAUAAAAUUUAUAAUUUCUACCUCCUCCUAAACAAAUUAAUAGACAAAGUACUACUGAAAUUAGGAGCUUGAUACAAACCUUAUCUUAAGGUCAAAUCGAAGACACAGUUAAAGUGUUAAAAAUACCUGAUAUCAAUCUCAGUAGUUCCUUCAAUGACGAUAUGGAAAUAACUAUUAUUGAUUGUAAUUCAUGA